CAGUGAAGGAAGAGGAGUUCCAGUGAACCGCCCGAACCCGAGCCGGCAGCCAGGGACGACAAAACCCGGGAGCUUUCAGUCACAUUGAGCUGGUUGAAUAGAUAUCAAGAGAAGAAAUCAUGCCUGGAGACAUCGCCAAAGGCAAGAAGGCUUUCGUCCAGAAGUGUGCCCAGUGUCACACUGUGGAGAACGGUGGAAAGCAUAAGGUUGGACCCAACCUUUGGGGUCUGUUUGGGCGCAAAACCGGCCAGGCAGAGGGCUUCUCCUAUACCGAUGCCAACAAAAGCAAAGGCAUCAUCUGGGAGGAGGACACCCUGAUGAUUUAUUUGGAGAACCCCAAGAAAUACAUUCCAGGAACGAAGAUGAUCUUCGCGGGGAUUAAAAAGAAGAACGAGCGAGCUGACCUUAUAGCAUAUCUCAAGUCUGCAACUUCAUAAAGAACUUUUCAUCUUUGCCCAUUUUGUGUCUUGACUAACUGCUCAAGAGACCAGGACUGAUAAUUUCUUUCAACAAAAGGCAGAACAGUAACCAAUCGAAGUGGUGUUGGCAAGAGAAGUUGCCAUCUUUGACACGGCUGAACGUCUGUUUCUGAUAUCACUCGCCCCCUUGUGGUGGAGUAAAUGACAUGUCCUGGUUUUAACAGGUUCCUUUUCUAAUAUAAAUUAUUGAUCAAUAUACUGUGUAUUCAGAAUGUAGGGACUGAAAGCUGUUUGUUAACUGUCAUCAGUAGUUUUUUCUGUGUGUCUUGGUUUACAAUCAAAAUGUCUUAAUAAUUAUCCCAAGAAUGAAUAUGCCUUGUCUACUUCGAUGAUACCUCAAUUGUCUUUUGUCAUUUUUGAAUUUAAAAGUUAAAUAAAAUUGACACUAAACAUUG